AUGGUCAAAGAGAGAGAAGCAGGUCGAGGAGGGAGAGGAGCAGGUCAAAGAGAGAGAGAAGCAGGUCAAAGAGAGGAGCAGGUCAAAGAGGGAGAGGAGAGGGUCAAAGAAAGGAGCAGGUCAAAGAGAGAGAGGAGCAGGUCAAAGAGAGAGAGAAGCAGGUCAAAGAGAGGAGCAGGUCAAAGAGGGAGAGGAGAGGGUCAAAGAGAGGAGCAGGUCAAAGAGAGAGAGGAGCAGGUCAAAGAGGGAGAGGAGCAGGUCAAAGAGAGAGAGGAGCAGGUCAAAGAGGGAGAGGAACAUGUCAAAGAGAGAGAGGAGCAGGUGAAAGAGAGAGAGGAGCAGGUCAAAGCGAGAGAGGAGCAGGUCAAAGAGGGAGAGGAGCAGGUCAAAGAGAGAGAGGAGCAGGUCAAAGAGAGAGAGAAGCAGGUCAAAGAGAGAGAGAAGCAGGUCAAAGAGGGAGAGGAACAUGUCAAAGAGAGAGAGGAGCAGGUCAAAGAGAGAGAGGAGCAGGUGAAAGAGAGAGAGGAGCAGGUCAAAGCGAGAGAGGAGCAGGUCAAAGAGGGAGAGGAGCAGGUCAAAGAGAGAGAGGAGCAGGUCAAAGAGAGAGAGGAGCAGGUCAAAGAGAGAGAGAAGCAGGUCAAAGAGGGAGAGGAACAUGUCAAAGAGAGAGAGGAGCAGGUGAAAGAGAGAGAGGAGCAGGUCAAAGAGAGAGAGGAGCAGGUUAAAGAGGGAGAGGAGCAGGUCAAAGAGGGAGAGGAGCAGGUCAAAGAGAGAGAGGAGCAGGUUAAAGAGGGAGAGGAGCAGGUCAAAGAGAGAGAGGAGCAGGUCAAAGAGGGAGAGGAGCAGGUCAAAGAGAGAGAGGAGCAGGUCAAAGAGAGAGAGGAGCAGGUCAAAGAGGGAGAGGAGAAGGUCAAAGAGGGAGAGGAGCAACAUACAUUAUGA